AUGUCUUUCACAGGGGCCACACGCCUUCCUGUGGGCAAUAAAGACUUCACAAAUGCAACAGUCGUCAUUAUAGGCGCCGGCAUAUCGGGAAUGUGCAUGGCAAUUGACCUGAUCAAACGCAACAAAUGCUUCAACUUUGUGAUUCUCGAAAAGAGCAGCAGUGUCGGAGGAACUUGGAAUGAUCAAAAAUAUCCAGGCUGCUGUUGCGACGUGUGGAGCACAUUGUACAGCUAUUCUUUCGAACAAAACUCGAAGUGGACCAGAGAGUACCCCGGGCAGGAGGAGAUUCAUGCAUAUCUCGUUCGCACUGCAGAGAAAUAUGGUCUCUACAAGCAUAUCCGAUUCAACUCUACAGUCGAAGAAGCUCGUUGGGACGACGAUGAGUUUAAAUGGAAGGUGUCAGUCAACGUUUCAGGUCAAAAAGAUAGCGAAUUCGCAAAGUCUUAUGUGAUCAACUCGGACUUCUUGAUCUCUGCGGUCGGCCAACUGAAUCUUCCACGCGAGCCCGGCAUUCCAGGCUUGAAAGAGUUCCAAGGGAAGAUGAUGCAUUCUGCUCGUUGGGACUGGAGCUACGAUCUCAAUGGUAAACGGAUUGCUAUCAUUGGGAAUGGUGCAACGGCCACCCAAAUCAUCCCCGAAAUUGCCCAGGAAGCAUCUCACCUAACAGUCUUCCAACGGACGCCAAACUGGAUCAUCCCCCGAGGCGACGCCCCCGUUUCCGCACUACAAAAGGCCUUGUUGACAUACUUCCCGCCCCUUCGGUGGCGUAAAAGAGCAUUGCAAAUGGACUUUAGAGAAAGCUUCCACUCCGCCAUUUUCGACGGCAGCUCCGAUUUCGCACAGUUGAUUCGCGACUGGUGCAUGGGUAUGAUGAAAGCCCAGUUACCUAAUCAGCCCGAGUUGUGGGAGACGUUGACUCCGACGUAUUCGCCGGGAUGUAAGCGGGUUAUUAUCACUGACGAUUACUAUCCCACUUUGGCUCGGGAGAAUGUUGAUCUGGAAACGAGGCAUAUUACGAGAAUCACUGAGAAGGGAAUUGAAGUUGAGGGUGCCGGCGAGCAAGAAUAUGAUCUUAUUGUUCUCGCGACAGGCUUCAAGUCUGUCGACUUUAUGUAUCCCAUUCAGGUAUUUGGUGCCGGUGGGAGGUCUUUGGGUGAUAUCUGGAACGAUUCACCCAAGGCUUACUAUGGUAUGACGGUUGAGGAUCUCCCCAACUUUGGGAUGUUUUAUGGACCAAACACUAAUCUUGGACACAAUUCGAUUAUCCUCAUGAUCGAAGCUCAAUCACGGUAUCUCAACGCACUGGCUGGCCAAGUUAUUCGAGCUAGACAACAGGGCAAACCACUGAGUCUAAGACCGAAGCUGAGCGUGCUGAACGAGUAUAAUGACCGUAUACAAAAGCUGCUGAAAGAGAGCAGCUUUGCGGAUCCCAACUGCAAUAGCUGGUACAAGAGGGAUGAUGGACAAAUCACGAAUAACUGGUCUGGAACAGUGAUCGAUUACCAGCAGAAUUUGUCAAAGGUGCAGUGGGAAGACUAUAUUGCGGAAGGCUCUGGAAAGGGUCUGGUUCUGAACAAGAGACCGACUGGCUUGGGACGCGUUCGGGAAGAGACACUUUUCAGUGAUACCUCGCUGCUUGUCGGGGCUGCGGGCUUGAUGGCAGCGGUUGGGGGGUAUUAUCUGGCUUGGCCGAGGCUCAUGAAGGCGCGAUGA